AUGGGAUAUGGACACUUGGAACAGUCUAUUUUAACAAGGGAGAGUAGUUCUGAAACAUCUGUUCCACCACAUGUUUUGUGGAAGGAAGCCCGCGUGGGAAAGGAUGGAGUUGUCAAAGAAGAUGUUCAAAAAGUUUUUGAAAAAUGCGAGACUCUAUCCCAGUCUAUAUCUCCAGAUGAAGGCAAUGAUUGCAGGAGCAUACUUAGCCGCGCAUUAGAUGUUCCUGAAUAUUCUAGUCGGGUGAGGGGAAAGGGAUUUGGAAUCACUCCAACAUCCUUGAAGAUGAAAAAACAGAAGGCUCCUAGCAAUAGAGAACUGCAGGAAACCUUGUAUGCACUACAAGCUGAAGUCCGCGAAUUGAAAAGGGAAAAAGAAUUAAGAGAGCAAGCUUCAGGUUGUAAAGCUACUAGUGACAAAGGUAGUAUCGGUUGUAAUUUUCAACCGAAUCUUCCAGAGGGCAUUUCACCUUGCCAACUCUACUUAUCGUCACCGACUUAUCGGAUGGUUGGCAAGGGAAAAGUGCAUAAUACUUUGGGAGAAUUACUUCACACUAGACCGCUCCCUACUGGCUGUUUAAAAGUAUCAGUUGACAUUGCUUUAGAGAAGGAUGCGUUAUUACCGCAUCCUGACGAUGUUUCGGAUGCCACAUUGGUGGGAGAUGCAAUAGGUUCGUUUGUUGCAUGACCGUCAAGCCUUAUUAGUGUAGAUGAUGAGACUCCAACAAAAUCCAAAGCAAAAGACAAGGAGCCUCCGCGGAAAAUCGAGUCAGUUGCAUCAAUAAAACAGGUACAUCACAAUUAUAUGAUAUUUAUGCAUGAAAAAUGUUAAUUCGUGAUCUUAUAUUUCAC